AUGAAGUCAAGUGAUCCAUCGAAGGAUGAACUCGAGAAGAAACUCGCUCAAGCACUGUCCGUUCCUUUCGUUGUUAGUUUUGGUGUCGCUCAUACGCUUGCGUGUCUCACCACCAUUGCUCGCCUUAUCCACCGGUACCGGCGCCGACAGCUUUGGUGGGACGACCUCUUCGCGCUGGUUGCAAGUGUCGCUUCUCUCUUCCUCGUAUGCACUACGGUUGCAGCAAAGGCCGCGCCAAAAGGUGGCUACUCCAUCCAAGUGCAAGCACUUCUCUUUUGGUGCGGUUUCUUUCUGACAACAACCGUCGUUUGGUCCAGUAGACUCUCAAUCCUAUCCACUGUCAUUUACUUCCUUCCUCCUGGGCGAAACCGCUUGAUCACAGUCUACUCCUUCGCAAUCCUUUGCGUCGGUUAUCUUACAGCGCUGGUUUCCAAGAUUUUUUACAGCGGGAUACCGGUCCGUUUACUUCCACAACCUCCGUUCUGCAAGGAAGUCGCCAUACUCAACAUCGUCCUCGAUACCAUUGCGACAGUGUGGCUUGUCGGUUGGCCAGCUUACAUCCUUGCUCGGAUGAAGCUUCGAAAACCAGUUCGCCGGCUGUUCACUGUCUGCUUUUCAUGUACUGCCUGUCUUGCUGCCAUGGACAUCUUUCAUGGCGUCAAUGUUAUGACCCAUUCCCGCCACCUCUUUUUAUCCUCCCAUCUUGAGUUACUCUUCUCCGUCCUCGUGGCCAAUAUCGUCGUCGUCGCCGCCUAUGUUUAUCGGACAUUCAACGGCAUUAGUAUAGAGUCUGAGGAAUCGGGUGAGCCCUCGGACCACUCUACUGGUACUAAAGUGCACGCACACGGUGCUGCAACGCAGUAUCCUACAGACCGCAGAGCCACAUCAUAUGAAGCUACGAGUUCCUCGAUAGGUCCUUUCACUACGAUAUACACUGGUGAGACCGGCGGGCCUGAUUUCGAGCCUGCUCACACUGUAGUGGGGUCUUCUUCGCGAUCGUAG